CACACACGGGGCGGGGCGAGAUGGCGCCGUCGCCGCGCCUCGGCCAGGCCAGUGAGGUGUUUACCACCGCGGGGAGGAGGAUGGCUGUCACCUGCGCUCGUGCCACUGUCUACUGAAGCCCUGUCACCGCCUCCCCGUGGGCAGUGCCUCGUCGGUGACUGGCGCCCCUGUGUGUGUGGUGGUGGAGUGUUGGCAGUGCCGUGGGCGGCGUGUGUGGUGGUGGGCAGUGGUGGAGGGGCAGUGUGCAGUGCCCAGCCUCAGUGUGAGUGCAGCCAAACAUGAAGCGGUGCGCUAGGGUCGGGUCAGCUGUGUCUUGGGCCGAGCCUGUCUGCGUGGUGUGCGGGCCUGGGCACGCCGUCUCCGCGGCCACCGGGGCGUGGGCAGCUGGAAAAUCAAUAUCCCACCAGUGCAGUGCCGUGCCGGGCAGUGUAAAGGAAUGCCUGCAGCAGUGACCAUAUUCACCCGUCCCCCUGCUACUCUCCUCCUCCUCUCCCUUCCCUUGCCCUCCCUCCUCCCUUCCUCCUCCAACUCCCCCUCGCUCUUCUCUUCCACUUCCACCUCCUGCAGCAGCAGUGUGAAGGGGCAUGCGAGGAGGCGUCCCAUGGACCGUGUUGCUGCUGGUGGUGCUGGUGCUGGUGGUGCUGCUAUCUUGAGGUGACUGGCUGCCCACCACAGGUAGUGAGUGCCACAGACAGUCAAGAUGCAAGCCAAAAAACGAUAUUUGCUCUUGUUCAGCUGUUGUGCGUUCCUCUUCUUUGGUUACUUUGGCUACCACCACUUCAAGGCUCACCGGCAGAGCAAGUGGCACCACCACCUCUCCAGCUAUUCAGAGGACUCAGACCUGCUGCAGGACGAGGACAUUUCCCCCAGCCCUCGCUUCCGCCGGCUCAGUGAUAGUGGAGGUGGUGGUGGCAGUGGUGGUGACGUGCGAGACUGUCGCAUGGAGACCUGCUUUGACUUCAGUCAGUGUGAGAGAGGGUUCAGGGUGUAUGUGUACCCCAUAGACGACAACGUUCCGCCCAGUGCCAGCUAUGCCAAGGUGCUAAACGCCAUCCGUGAGUCCGGCUACUACACGUCUGACCCCACCCAGGCGUGUGUGUUCGUGCUGAGCCUGGACACCCUGGACCGGGACACACUGAGCAAGGAGUAUGUGCGCAACAUGCAGUACAGGGUGCAGCGGCUGGCCCUCUGGAACAACGGCCAGAACCAUAUCAUAUUCAACUUGUACUCCGGCACCUUCCCGGAUUACCUGGAGGACCUGGGCUUUGACCUGGGCAAGGCAAUCCUUGCCAAGUCCAGCAUUUCCAUUGAGAACUUCCGGCAGGGCUUUGACAUCUCCCUGCCGCUGUUCCACAAGAGCCACCUGGAGAAGGGGGGCGAGGAGGGCUUCUUGGAGUCCAACAAGUUUCCCGGGAACAAGAAGUACCUGUUGUCGUUCAAGGGGAAGCGUUAUGUGUACGGCAUUGGCAGCGAGACACGCAACAGCCUCUACCACCUGCACAACGAGAGGGACAUCGUGCUGCUCACCACCUGCAAACAUGGGGACAGCUGGAAGGGCUACAAGGAUGAGCGCUGUGACCAUGACAACGCAGAGUAUGAUAGAUACGACUAUGAGGUACUGAUGCGCAACUCCACCUUCUGCCUGGUGCCACGGGGGAGACGUCUGGGCUCCUUCCGUUUCCUGGAGGUGCUGCAGGCAGGAUGUAUACCGGUGCUGCUGGCCAACGGGUGGGAGCUGCCCUUCAGUGAGGUGGUUGACUGGUCCCGCUGCACCAUCCAGGCCGACGAGAGGCUACUGCUGCAGGUGCCGGAGGUUGUGAGGUCCAUCAAUGCUUCUCAGAUGCUACAAAUGAGACAACAGACGCAGCUUAUUUGGAAUCGAUACUUCUCCUCUGUGCAGAAAAUUGUCUUUGCCACGCUGGAGAUCUUGGCGGACAGAGUGAAGAGGUCAAGGGCACGGCCGCUGUCAGUGUGGAACAGUGAACCUGGUGCCCUGGCCAUCAACUUCUCCUUCUCUGACUACUUGCCACACUUCCCCUUCUACCACGACGCUCUCGGCACCGCACCACACUCCAGAUACACAGCAGUGGUGUCGGUGAGUCACGGCGGCAGUGGUCCCAUACACACCACACCGCUUUACAAACUCAUCAAAAACAUUUCCAAGAGCAAGUUUGUCGGCAAGAUCGUGGUGGUGUGGACAAGCCCUCAGGUGGCGCCCCCAGAAAGCAGACUCCCAGGGGGCUCGGUGCCAGUACAUGUGGUGGUGCCGGCAGACCCCUCCCCCUCGGCCCGGCAUGCCCCACACCCACUAGUGAGCUGGGACGCUGUGUUUUCCCUGGAUGAGGACGUGACGCUCACCACUGAUGAGCUGGACUUUGCCUUCACAGUGUGGCGCACCUUCCCUGACCGCCUGGUGGGCUACCCGGCGCGCUCACACCACUGGGAUGAGGCCAAGGGUGGUUGGAGCUACAGCAGCCGGUGGACCAACUCUUACUCUGUGGUGCUGAGCGGUGCGGCCAUCUACCACCGGUACUGGCAGCACGUGUACACCUACCAGGCCCAUCCAAGCCUGCUGUCUGCCGUCACCACCACUGCCAACUGCGAUGACCUGCUUCUCAACCUGCUGGUGGCCGCUGUCACCCGCCGCCCGCCCAUCAAGCUCACCCAGCGCAAGCAGUACAAGGACCCUGCUUCAGAGGCCAAGUGGGUGUGGACGGAGCAGAGUCACUUCCAGCAGCGCAGUGUGUGCCUGAACACCUUUGUGUCGGUGCUGGGCUUCAUGCCGCUGCAGCACUCCAACCUGCGCCUGGACCCGGUGCUGUUCAAGGACAAGGUGUCCAUGCAGAGGAAGAAGUACCGACAGAUUGAGAAGAUUGGCAGCUAACGACAGCUGAGGUUUAGGUUCUCAAAACUUUUAGUGUUUGGCGGAUACUUUGUGCUGAGCGACGGCCUCAACCUCAACUCAGAGGAGACUGUCUAGGCUGCAGCAGUGGCGGCGGCCUGACGGCCUGCCAUUCCUGGGAGAUUCUCUGGGCAGGCUGCACUCUUGAUGCCAACUCUGAGUGAACUCUGUUAAGGGCGAGUGUCUCAGCAGUGAUGCCAACACGGAGAAAACUCUCUAAGUCAGGUGGCGUGAGUCUCUGUGUGUGAGUUUUAAAGGUGACGACAGACCAGCCACCACCACCACCAUUACCACCAUCACCACCAUGUCCUUUGUGUGGUGGUGAUCCAUCUGUUUGCCUUCUCACCCACUUCCAUUAGGCUUCACCACACCACUCCAGCUGAUGUGUGUUCUGUCAUUCCUUGCAUCACUCUUCCUCUCAACUUCUCGCCUCAUCAGCACUCAUGAGAUAAACAUUCUUGCUUCAUUACUGCCUUUUUAUAAUUCUACUUUAUUUUAUCUGAAGUACAUGUUUGAAUAUUAGAGUCACUCAUCCCUUAGCCACCUCAUAGAAACACUGAGAAUUUGACAUGAGAGUGAGAUCAGUCUUGAGCUAGAACAGGACCUCACUGGCUCAGGAAAUCAAACCAUAACCAGAGGACAAGAAAAACAAGAAAACCACCUUAGCCAUUACACCAAGACAACCUUCAGGCCACAAUAUGACACAAACAGACAUACCAAACCUGUCUCGCUGAAGAAAGGACAGCCAAGACAAGAUACACUGUUUGCACAUACUCACUUGCUCCACAUUGCUUGGCUGCUGAUGAUCAACAUUAGAUAAUAAGUAGGAGAAAUAUUAAGAAGCCCAACCAAACUGUGACCAAAUGACAAACAAAGCACUAGAUGGUAGACUGAGACAAAUUUAAAGGCCACAGGAUGAUAGCAUGACUUUAAAUCUUUAGCUACAGAAAGCCUAACCAAACUUUGACCUUAUGACAAACAAAGCACUAGAUAUUAGACUGAGGCAACUUUAAAGGUCAUAGUGGGACCUUUAAACUGUACCAGGAGACAAGAAAAGCACCUUAGACUAGAACAAAGAGAACUGUUAAGCUACAAGAUAAUUUUUAAGACCCUUUAUCUGUAUCUGGUCUAGUGGUGGUGGUGGUGGUGGUGGUGGUGGUGGUGAAGUGUUGUGUCAUUGUCGUCAUUAUCAUCACAAUCUUCCCACAGACAGGAGCGUUUGAGAGAGAAAUGGGUCAGGUUGAGUAUGUCCACUCCUGUUGAUUUUCUUCUCCCGUCAAUCAACGACUUUUGUAAUUAAGUGUCAUUCAGAGUGAGUUCGGAACACAAAUCUUGGUCAGUCAGUCAGUCAGUCAGUCAGUCAGUCUCCCCUUUGUACCCUGCGUUGUAGUCAUUCAUUGUACAUAGAUGUGAGUGUGUGUGUAUGUGUGUGAGCUAUGUGUGUUGUAGGGGAGGAUGUGAGUGAGUCCUCCAGUCUGUGUUGAUGAGUUUAUGAGGAGGCAGCUCAAGACAAGCCCUGUGUGUAUGUGUGUGUCUGUCCAUCUGUCUGUCUGUCUGUCUGUCUGUCACUCUCCUGGUUCAACUCAAUGGGAGAGCAACAAGAGGAGUCCAAAUCAGCUUCCAUUAUGUGUCUGUUGCCAUUAGAACAUAUCAGCUGUUGGGUGUUAAAACGUGCGUGCAUGUGUGUGCAUGUGCGUGUGUGUGUGUGUGUGUGUAUAUAUGAGUGAGUGUCUGUAUGUAUGUCUGUGUGUGUGUCUCGUGUUGUUUUAUACUCAAAAUGAUAACAUGUUUUUUUGAUACAGGAAAUAAAAGAUGGACGGUAAGAAGAAAUUGAAUGUUGAGAGAGAGAGAGAGAGAGAGAGAGAGAGAGAGAGAGAGAGAGAGAGAGAGAGAGAGAGAGAGAGAGAGAGAGAGAGAGUAGGUAAAGAUACGAUGGGUGGUGCCAAUAUUCUGUUGCUCCAUUAUGUACACUAAGUAAUUCCACAGUCAAAGUAGUUUUUUGUAAGUGUAUUCAUUCUCUGUUGUGUUGAGAUGUGAAGCUCAAAAGACUCGUAUCAUAUGUUAGUAUGUCACUAUGUUAAGUUUGAGGGAAGCGAGGUGAGGAGGGUGAAGGAAGGAAGGAAGAUAAGGUAAAUGAAGGAAGGAAAAUGAGGAGGUGAGAUAAUGUAAGGAUGAAGAAGGAA